UAAAUUGAGUGCAAAAUACAUACAAAACAACAAACAUUUCAUUCAUUGAAUCCACACUUUCUGGUGAUAAUCAACGCAUACCACGGAUCAGAUCACCGCCUAAGACAUCGCGCACACAAGUCAUGGCUAACCUAUCGGCAAAACUGGACUCCGUUUUGUCCAUCGAUGAGAUCGAGAAGACAGGUGUGUUGGCGGCGACCUCGCAGUUGCAUCAGAGGGCGCAGGAGAUCCGUCACCAACGGGUCAAUUGGCAGUCGUAUCUGCAGUCGCAGAUGAUAUCCCAGGAGGACUUCCAGUUCAUCACGCAGUACGAGUCGGCUACCGGUGCCGACCAACGGAGUCAGCUCUUGGGACAGUACGGCGAACAGUGCGCCCAUACAUUCAACUCACUCCUCGGCCACAUCAGCAAAGACCAGACCAUUCAAUACAUACUGUGUCUCAUCGACGACAUGGUGCUCGAGGACAAGUCGAGG